GGCCAUGGCCAUCGACAUCAUGCAGAAAAUGCUGGAAGAGCAGCUCAUCACACACGCCUCUGGCGAAGUCUGGCGGACCUUCAUAUACGGCUUCUAUUUCUACAAGAUAGUGAUGGACAGAGAGCCUGAGCGAGUGGCCGUGCAGCAGCCCACUGCCUGGCACACGACGGCGGUGGAUGACUUCGCCAGCUUCCAGCGCAAGUGGUUUGAGGUGGCCUUCGUAGCCGAGGAGCUCUUGCACUCGGAGAUCCCUGCCUUCCUGUUGCCCUGGCUGCCCAGCCGGCCGGCCUCCUACGCCAGCAGGCACAGCUCCUUCAGCCGCAGCUUCGGGGGCCGGAGCCAGGCGGCUGCGCUUUUAGCUGCCACUGUCCCGGAGCAGAGGACCGUGACCCUGGACGUGGACGUGAACAACCGCACAGACCGACUGGAGUGGUGCAGCUGUUACUACCACGGCAACUUCUCACUGAACGCGGCCUUCGAGAUCAAGCUGCACUGGAUGGCAGUGACCGCCGCUGUGCUCUUUGAGAUGGUCCAAGGUUGGCAUCGCAAGGCCACCUCCUGUGGCUUUUUGUUGGUGCCGGUUUUGGAGGGUCCCUUUGCGCUGCCCAGUUACCUGUACGGCGACCCACUCCGGGCCCAGCUCUUCAUCCCGCUCAACAUCAGCUGCCUGCUCAAGGAGGGCAGCGAGCACCUGUUUGACAGCUUUGAACCAGAAACAUACUGGGACCGAAUGCACCUUUUCCAGGAAGCCAUCGCACACAGGUUUGGGUUUGUUCAAGAUAAAUAUUCUGCCUCUGCUUUUAACUUCCCUGCUGAAACCAAGCCUCAGUACAUCCACGUCACAGGCACGGUGUUCCUGCAGCUGCCCUACUCCAAGCGCAAGUUCUCAGGGCAGCCACGGCGGCGCCGCAAUUCUACCAGCUCCGCCAGCCAGAGCCUGUUCUGCGAGGAGAGGGUGGGCUACAGCUGGGCCUACAACACCAUGCUGACCAAGACCUGGCGCUCCAGCGCCACUGGCGAUGAGAGGUUUGCUGACCGGCUGCUGAAGGACUUCACGGACUUCUGCGUCAACCGUGACAACCGGCUGGUGACCUUCUGGACGAGCUGCCUGGAGAAGAUGCACGCCAGUGCCCCGUGACGGGCGAGGGGCCGGGGGUACUGUCCUGCUGCUGAUGGUACUCGGUGGGGUCAGGCAGGCUCGGGUCGUGGGGGCUGUGGGUGCUGCUUGGCCCCUGCCAGCCUCCGUCCGCUCCAGGAGGAAGCCUGCGGAAGCCUCCGGCACCUGGGAGCAGGUGGGAGGGCGCCCCCAUGCACGCCCUCAGCAACAGAGUGGCUCCCGUGAGCGUCCUUUCCUCCGCCGUACGCAGGUACUUCCCGCCCAGAAGGAGUGUGCAAAGGAUGUAAGAUAACUUUGUGAAAUAAUGUACCAUAGGCUCACACCAACUGUAUAUACCUGUACAGAGCAGAAACAGGAAUAAACUGGCCCGUGUGGCAUCUCUGUCCCCAGCCUGGUCCCGGGCAGCAGCAAUCCUGUCUUCGGCUGGGCAGUCGUGCCCUGCCACUGGGGCCCUGGAGGCCGAUGAGGCGGCCACAGACGCUGGGGAGGACUCCAGAAUUCACUUGGGGGUCUGGCUGUGAGUUUACUGAAAGGUUUCUCUUCAGGGGCCCUCGGGCAGGAGAGGAGAGUUCCGGGCAGGCCUCAUGAACAGACGAGACGAGGUGCUGGGAUCCUGCGGGCCUGGUUGUGGGAGGCGAGUCUUGCUAAGUAGGUGAGCCUGGCAUGGCGUGCAGAUGUCGUGGCAUUCAGAAAAAAAUCCAAGGAAGGCUCUGUUGACUCUGGCUGAGGUUAGGACCCACUGCUCUGUGGGAUAAGACUCAGCAUGGUCCUCAACCUCAGCUCCGCCCUCACUGGCCAGGGGGUAGAGGGUGGGGGGACCUGAGAGCUCCCACCACUUCCCCUCCCGCCACUUCCCCUCCACCCCGAGUUAAUCACAAGCGCUAUUGAACUACCACCUCAAUGGCCUGCAGGUCCGUCCCCUCUCCCAGGAGCCCUGCAGCCGCUCUCAGCCUGGCCCUCACCUCCUCUUCCUCCUCCUGCAUGGCUAGGAACACCUCCCACCUGGUCUCUGCUUUCCCUCCAGGCCCUUCUCCACUCGGCAGUCACCACUCUGAUUGUGCCCCCCACCUAUUUAGACCUCUUUGGUGACUUGAACUUCAAAACUCUUAGACGUGGCCGCACAAUCUGGUCCCAGGCUUCCUCUCCAGCCACCAGGAACGUCAGAAACUCUUUAUGGGCUCAGACCCUUUGCACACGCUGUUCCCUGUGCCUCGAACACUCCUCACUCAUCCCGGCCAUCCAUCCGCCCUCAGCUCAAAGGUCCCUUCUCCAGAGAAGCUCCGUGGGACCCCGUCAUGUCUUCCCAUGGCACCUUGCCCUCCUCCCACCACAUGCGGCACAUGGCAGGGGGCUUGACUAUUUUGUUCAUCCUUUUUUCCUAAAUGUUUGGCCUAAUGGAAGAUGCUGGAGAAGUGGUUGUUGGCCAAGCGCGUGGGGUGAAUGAA